GUCUAAGUUUGAACAAGAUGCAUAAUACCUGUCGCUUCCUCUUUUUUUUCAGGAUUAGAGGACCGACAGGGACUUUUCUCACUUCCGGCUUGAAGCUACAUUCCUACAGUGUUUUGGAGUUGCAGUGAUCUUUCAAAGUGUGGGAAGCUACCAGUCUCUGCAUGCAUCGGUGGAAUUGUUGUGACUGAGAUGUCAUCUAUAUAUCUAGGAAAUCAAGAUUUGGAGACGAAACCACUUGGAUCUCAAACAAAUUGCCCUGUUUUCCGGAUAACUUGAUUCCUUUUCUCUGGAUUAUGAGCAUCGUCAGCAAUUAAAUAACCGUUCACUUUGUAAUCGGAGUCAUCUGAUACUUAACCACAACAAUGUGGUAAUGUGUUUGCACUUGAGGGCGAGGCGACGAAGAGGAAAUUCUACGUAGAUUUUAACUGUAGAUCCCUAAUGGGGACAAAAGCAAUGGAAAUAUCACUGGAAAUUUAAAGUGUUUAAGAUGAGCUAAGAAUAUUGCACUGAGAGCGCCAACGUGUUACAGACAAUGCAAAAUCACUGAUUCGUGAAUUGGAAUGCACUGAAAUCGAACUGAUGCAUCAUUUUGUGCUUGAAUUUUGAGGAAAACUGGAAAGACGAUCACAUGAUGCUCACAGUAUUUCACACAAAACCCUCCGCACUAAAUGACCAGUUACUUUAAGACACAGGAAAAUUGACAGAGGACUUGAAAGCUGUUAAACUUGUUUCAUGAGGACACAUUUUGAACAGAGGAAUGGCAGGAAAAGACUACCAUCAUCUCUUCAAGUUGCUCAUCAUUGGUGACUCCAAUGUUGGGAAAAGCAGCUUGCUCCUACGAUUCGCAGACAACUCAUUUUCUGGCAGUUACAUAACUACUAUUGGAGUUGACUUCAAGAUCCGCACAGUAGAGAUUGAUGGAGAAAGAGUUAAACUCCAGAUCUGGGACACUGCAGGGCAGGAAAGGUUCAGAACCAUCACCUCUACGUAUUACAGAAACACUCAUGGUGUCAUCAUUGUUUACGAUGUCACAAAUCCUGAAUCGUUUGUCAACGUGAAAAGAUGGUUAAACGAGAUAUCACAGAACUGUGACAACGUCUGCAAAAUUUUAGUCGGAAACAAGAAUGAUGAUCCUUCUAAAAAGCUUAUGGACACUCAAGAUGCUCUGCGGUUUGGAGAGUCAGUUGGUGUGAGGUUGUUUGAGACAAGUGCUAAAGAGAAUAUCAAUGUAGAGGAGAUGUUCAUGGCUUUCACCCACAUGGUCCUUCGGGCCAAGAAACAGAGCCAGAGUCGAGCAGAACGAGAGAGGGAGAGAGAAAAGGACACGGUCCAUAUAAAUUCCCACAGGGACAGAGAAAGGAGGAAGAAAGGGAAGAAAUGCUGUUAGAGCAGAGGUGUUAGAACAGACGGAAAGAGGGACAAAUCAAACACCUUUGCAACUUUGUUCCUUUGGGUCAAGUUUUCAGCUCAGAAAUGUGACUUUUUCAUGAUAACACUGCGCUUAAGAUAAAACCAAGAGGAAUAAAAAUAACUUGCUAUUAUGUGCCGAACAUCAGCGUUUGUUUACACCGAUGUUUAUCAAUGUAAGGUGGGGUUUUUUUUUUUUUUU